GAAAGGAAACGGAAUGAAGAAAUGAAUUUGGCUUUCGCGAAACUUCAACAGUGCGUGCCGCAUAUCCCCAAAGAUCAGAAGCUUCCAAAGAUUAAAACUUUAAGACUUGCAGUUAGAUAUAUUCAGCAUCUUGAGGAUAUAUUACGAGGAGAGACAACCUUUCAAUCAUCCAUUUCGGCUACACCACGACCAUUGGAAUUGGAAGAUUUUGCAUCAGUCGCCAUGCAAGAAGUUCAGACAAGGAAUAACUAUAAGGGUAAGAAUUUUUCUCGAAAAAAGUUCUUCUCCAUAGUUUCAGUCCAAUUACGCGUGCAAAUCAAACCACAGCUGAACUAA